UUUUAAAUCGCAAUUCAAACCCUCUCUCUCUCUCUCUCUAACUCUCUCUCUCUCUCUUCCCCAAUCUUCUUCUUCUUCAUUCUCAAACCUUCGUGAGUUUCUCAAAUUCGCGAAACGCACGAAUCUCUCGUCGUUUCGUUCAGGGUUGGGCAGUUUUGAUGGAGAGGCCGGGGAAUUCGGUGGCGGCGGCGACGACGGCGACUUCAAGCCGCGAAGCGUAUGUGAGCUGGGAGGAGGUUUUUGUCUCCGGUCGGAAGGGAAGGAAGGAGGUUUACUAUCUGCUGAAACGGAGAGGCGGUGGUUCCGAUCUGGCGGUUGUUGGCAAAGAGAAGAGCUCGACUCACAUGUCUUAUCACAUAAGGAACGCUUCGUUGGGUCCCUAUUCGAAGCUCAGAACGAGAAGAGAGGUUAUCGAUUGGUUGGAUUCAAUCGUUGCAGAUUCGUCUGCAAUUAUGGUGGGCAAGCCGGGUCGUGAACCGGAAAUUGGAACCUUGAAGGAGAAUCGAUGUCAGAAGAUGCCCCAGCCUAUGAAAGAAACCUCGUGGAUAGGGGUUCCAUGGACCUGUAGGAAAAAAAGAAAGCACUAUCAGUCGUUUAAGCGGAAUGGUUAUCAGAUUUCUGUGUAUGACUUUGUACUUAUUCUAGCAGAAGAGCACAAGCAUCUAGUUGCCUACCUGGAAGACAUGUUUGAGGAUUCCAGAGGCAGCAAGAUGGUUGUGGUUCGCUGGUUUCACAAAAUUGAUGAGGUUGGUAUCGUUUUGCCUCGCAAUUUUAGUGACCGUGAGGUUUUCUUUUCUCCUUAUCUUCAAGAUCUGAGUGUUGAAUGCAUAGAUGGAAUGGCGACAGUUCUCAGUCCCCAGCAUUACGAAAAGUUUCAGAACGAAGCCUGUCAUACUCACCCGGAACCGCCAUUCAUAUGCUACCAGAAAUUCGAAAAAGAUGAUGUCAAACCCUUUGAUAUAACUCAAAUUAGGGGUUACUGGAAACAAGAAAUUCUCAGGGACAUGUAUACCGUCUCUGACUCAAAGUCUAACGGGAGUUCAGGGCAAUCUGAUGAUGGCCCAGAAUUGGAAGAAAACCUCCAGUCAACUAUUGCUGGGAUCAGACCUAAGAAGAGACAACGCCGUGCAAAAGAAGACCGCAAAGAUGUGCUUGAUCCAGCUUCUUCAAAAUGGGAUAACAUGAGUAAUAGUAAGAUUGAUACCAAAAUUAGUACAGGAAACAAUUCCUUGAAGUUGGCUGGGCCCGCCACAACGGCCACCACCAAAGCUACAAAUGGGGAUGCUCCACAGUAUUUAGAUGUAGGUUCCCGAGUUGAGGUCCUCUCUCAAGACAGUGGGAUUAGAGGAUGCUGGUUCAGAGCUUCUAUCAUUAAAAAGGCCAAAGAUAAAGUGAAGGUGCAAUAUCAAGACAUUCAGGAUGUAGUUGAAGAAGAUAAAAUGCUUGAGGAAUGGGUUUUGGCGUCCAGAAUUGCAGUGCCUGAUGAUCUGGGUCUUUGGAUGCAUGGUAGGACCAGGGUCCGGCCUGCUCCACCGUCAACUAAAAGCAAAAUAUCCUGGGUGGGUGCUGUUGGUUCAGUUGUUGAGGCCUGGUGGAAUGAUGGAUGGUGGGAAGGCAUCAUUAUUCAAAAAGAGUCUGAAGCUAAUUAUCAUGUUUAUUUCCCAGGGGAAAAGAUGUUGUUGGUUUUUGAGCCUGGUAAUUUAAGACAUGCUCAAGAGUGGACAGGGAAUGAGUGGGUUAAAGUGAGGGAAAGGCCUGAACUUGUGACUUCUGUAUUAUCAAGCUUGAAAGUGAAAGUGAAACAAAUGCCAAGCAAAUCCUGUGACAGCAAAUCAACUAUAGCAUCUACUGGUGAUGGAGUACAAUCUAAACUGGCUGAGACUGGCUUAGAUUCUCAAACAGAUAAACCUAGGAAGUCUGAAGUUGUUCCAGAUCUUUUGAAAGGUGAAGCGUUAAGGUGGAAGUCCUCCAGGAAGAGGAGUCGAAGUGGCGCCUCUCGUCGUAAGGUACUGCGAAAUGACAGACCGUGUACGAAGUCCCCUCAGAUUCUGGAGUCAGAUGCUUCUGAUAGCUUCGUGAUUCCAGCAUCACUGAAUGUUGAUCAUGAUGACUGCAAAUUUGCUGGGGAUCCAACCAUUUUCAAUUCUUCAGUUGUGCCGUCUCUAACUAAUUUGGUUAUGUGUAGGUGACUUCCUGACCGUCGUCUUUAGAAUGAUGUCUUGUUUUCUUGGUUCUAUAGGUACAGUAUUCAAACCUUAAACCCUCUUUAAACCUAGGUGCAUCCGUUCGAUGCCUGUCUUCACUUUUGAUUUCUUCUCUUUAGGUUAGGGUCUUUUUCUCCUCCCCGUUUAUCCUGUUUUUGUGAUUUGUGGCAUCGAAGCUUCAUUUUCAUUUGGGUGCUUGUGACAAAUAGAAGCCCAAGGAGGCAAGGAUGAUGCCAUUCAAGUUUUGGUAGCAGAGUGACUUAGUUGAAUAACCAAAGAUAGCUUUGACUUUAGAGGAUGUUCUUUUUGCAUAUAAAAUGUUCCAAUGUAAUUUGUGUAGCAUUCUCUAAUAAAAAUAGAAAAUUUGCCUUUUA